AUGCGAUUUCUUGAAAGGAAUCAGCACGACGGCCCCACCCUAUCGAAUGUCGACGAGGAAGGCAAUUAUAGGAUGAGUCUGGAACUGGAGUCGAGUUCUGUGGCUAGUCAAAACGACACUCCCCCGUUGCAGUCUUCUGCACCUAAAAGAGGGAGAAGGGACAGUGAUGAGUUGAUGGCCACUCACGAAGGAGGACCAGUCUCAGCCCAAGUGCCGCAAACUGACACCCCCUCACCACGAAUGAAAGGGAAAAAUAGAAUAGGAAGCAGGGAUGAGGUGCAAGCAACCAUCGAAAGAAUCGACGAACAUCUGCAGCGUUCGCGCCAUCAACAGCAUCCUACAGUAGACUCGUUUCAAGGAUUCGGAGAUUUCGUCGCGCAACAUCUGCGGGAGAGAUUCGACGCAUAUACGGCAGAUGUGAAAAUGAGGCAAAUGUUGGAAGUGCUGUUUAGCUAUACCUACUGCAGCCAAGGAAACGAGGGAGUGGUUCACGAGGAGUAUGUUGGAGAAUAUCCUGAGAACAGAUUGAAAUCAGAGUUCCUGCAAGAAAAGCCCAAAAUGACAGGUCUCGCCUCAUUGUCGAAGUGUAUUGUUUCUAUUGUUCCGAUCCUCAUUGUUUUAUUCUGUGCUUCAUCAUUCCUCAGGCCUCAUUUUAGUCGCUGCUUCAUCAUGUCUCAGGCCUCAAAUUGUACGGUACUACACUUUUUCCCAGGUCUCAUU